AUGUUCCAUCAAGUUACAGAAUUCCUGAAUUGGGAUUUGUUGCGCCUUGCUUGGAAAGACCUACCUAUGGAGACGAAAGCUUUCCUCUGCAGCUACAUCAAAGACAUAAAAUCGAAUGAUUUGGAGUCGCACGUUAAGCACAUAGCAAACGCGGGAUGGGACAGAGUGCGAUAUCCGUGCUUUGGUGUGCUAUCAUUCGUGGAUUUUGAUCUGUCUAGAUCCCCAGUCUAUGACGAAAUCAUAUCCAACCUGAAAGCGUCCUCGUUCAUGCUAGACCUGGGGUGCGGCCUCGGUCAGGAAGUUCGUCGGUUGGUGUAUGAUGGCGCCCCAGCUGAGAACAUUGUCGGCUUAGACAAAGACAAGCACUUUAUAGAACUCGGGUUUGAACUUUUUCGGGAUAAGGCUACCUUAAACUCGACAUUCCUAGUGGAUGACUUUUUGAAGCCCAGUCCAAAGCUUGCCCAAUUAGCUGGCCACGUACGUGUCAUAAACUCCGGUUACUUCCUGCAUUUAUGGGACUGGGAAGGACAGGUUAGCGUUGCUAAAUGCAUCAUUGGCUAUCUUUCUCUGCAAGAAGGUGACCUAAUCACCGGUGUCCAAUUUGGGAGGGAAGAUGCUGGUCUUUGGAAGGUACCAACUCUUGACUAUUCCAUUUUGCUACACAACUCAGCCAGCUUUGCACACAUGUGGAAUCAGAUUGGGAAAGAAACUGGCACUAGAUGGCUGGUUUGGUCCACGAGCGACCGUGAGGGAACUCAUGACAAAUUGGCUGCUAAGGGUUUUCGUUUGCGAUGGUACGUUCGGUAUAAAGGAAAGAAGUCUCAGAAUGACAGGGUGAAAACUUCAGUCUUAAGCAAGCAGACCAGGAACGCUAUAUCCGUGAUCGCUGGGUCCGUCCACUCAUCUGGUAUUUCCAGCAAAGCCGCAACAACCCGUGCCAUUCCAAGAGCGUUUGCAAUUAUUAGCGUCGUGCGAUCAUACAAGUCACGAACAUGCGGGCUGCUUCCAGCUUUCAGUAUUAGCAAAACCAGGUCUUCCGAAUACAGCCUGAGGGCAGCCAAGGUUGGGGACGACCCGUCACUUGGAUUGGGGUCUGCACCGCGCUCGAGCAGAAGACUGAAUGUCAACUCCACGGUUGACAGCUUGGCCAAACUCGAAUAA